AUGAAUUUUAGUUUUACAGCUUCUCAAACAAGAACAUGGGUAGAAUUUUUGAAAGACAGGUCUACCAUAAUUCCUCUUAUAAUUGCAUUUUACGUCAUUGUUCUAGGGUCCUUUCUCAUGGGCGCGCUGAAUAGACAGAAAUUCCAAAUUGAGCUUGCUAGGAAAGACCGAAAUCCAAUGUUCUCUAUGCUAGAUGAAGACGAUGACGAUGAGAAGGACAAGGACUCAUAG